ACGUCACCGCACCGCGCCCGGAAGUGCGCGGCGGCCGCGGCAGGGGGUGUGCGGGCCCUGUCGGCGCAGGAGCCGACGCGGAUGCUGAGCGCCCUGCGCGCCCUGCGCCGGCCGCUGCUGACCCGUCCUGGCGCGCCCGGCCCGCGGCGGCCGCUGGUCACCAUGAAGCUGCAGUCCCCCGAGUUCCAGUCGCUCUUCACCGAGGGGCUCAAGAGCCUCAUAGAGCUGUUCGCCCGCGAGGAGCACGAGCUGCGCAUCGCGGGCGGCGCCGUGCGGGACCUGCUGAGCGGCCGCGCGCCCCAGGACGUGGACUUCGCCACCACGGCCACGCCGGAGCAGAUGAAGGCGCUGUUCCAGGCGGCCGGCGUGCGGCUCAUCAACAACAAGGGCGAGAAGCACGGCACCAUCACGGCCAGGCUGUACGAGGAGAACUUCGAGAUCACCACCCUCCGGAUCGACGUGGUCACCGACGGCAGGCACGCUGAGGUGGAGUUCACCACCGACUGGCAGAAGGACGCCGAGCGCCGGGACCUCACCAUCAACUCCAUGUUCCUCGAUUUUGAAGGUACCUUAUAUGACUACUUUAACGGAUAUGAAGAUCUGAAAAAUAAAAAAGUGAGAUUUGUCGGGCAACCCAAACAGAGAAUACAAGAGGAUUAUCUUCGAAUUCUAAGAUACUUCAGGUUCUACGGGCGGAUUGCGGACAGGCCGGGCGACCAUGACCCUGAGACCGUGGCUGCCAUUGCGGAGAAUGCCAAAGGCUUGGCCGGCAUUUCAGGGGAGCGGAUCUGGGUGGAGCUCAAAAAGAUUCUUGUUGGCAACCACGUCAACCACCUGAUGCAUCUCAUCUAUGACCUGGGCGUGGCUCCUCACAUCGGGCUGCCUGCAGAUGCAAGUCUGGAAGAGUUUAACAGAGUCAGCAAAUUCGUCGAAGGCUUUUCGCCCAAGCCCAUGACUCUCUUGGCUUCGUUAUUCAAAGUACAAGAUGAUGUCACGAAGCUGGAUUUGAGGCUGAAGAUCUCAAAAGACGAGAAAAACCUUGGAGUGUUUAUAGUUAAGAACAGGAGAGAUUUAGUUAAGGCGGUGGACAGCCCGGAGCCGUUGAAACCCUACCAGGACUUUGUCAUAGACUGCAGGGAGCCGGACGCCAUGGCCCGCGUGUGUGAGCUGCUCAAGUACCAGGGCGAGCCCUUCCUGUUGCGCCAGAUGCAGCACUGGACCGUCCCUCCCUUCCCGGUCAGCGGCCACGACAUCAGGCGCGUGGGCAUCUCCUCGGGGAAGGAGAUCGGGGUCCUGCUGCAGCAGCUGCGCGAGCAGUGGAAGAAGAGUGGCUACCGCAUGGACAAGGAGGAGCUCCUGAGCUACGUCAGGAAGGCCGAGCACUGAGCAGCCCGCGGUCGUUGCUGCCCGUCUGGGAGAACAAGGACACCCCCAGCGGCUGCCCUCAUCCUGUCCCAUGGGGAGGCUCAGUGCCCCCCGGGGUGCCUGGGCUCUGCCCGCACUGAAAGGCCCACACCUUUCAGCACUGUCUCUGCAGCUGCCGGCUCGCGGCUGACGGGGGAGCGUCCUUGUUGUGUGGCCAUGGCAGCUCUGUGCUCUGACCAGCCUCCCGCCACCCCAGCCCAGAGCCGAGACACAGUGUGACGAAGGGGCUGCAGGAGAGGGAGCACGGUGACACACGGGAGGCCGACCGGAACACAGAUGUGGCCCUGGCAUCGCGCGUCACGUAUGAGACACCAUGUGCAUGCUUGUACACAGCAGAAAAUUUUAUUUGCAAUUGUCAGUAAACAAUCUAGAACAUUCUGUGACCACACCGGGGGAGGAGGGGCGAUGUCAAAGGGACCUUCCCUCACUGCCACAGGGAGACAGAGCUGGGGCUUCCCAGGGGUCCCACUCUCUGGGAGCAGGACGCCCCUCUUUGGGAGGCGGCUGGCGGCCAGGCACUCUGCGGGCUCAGGCCAGCAUGCCACCAGCCCCCCAAACAGGAACGUCGGACUCCAGAGAGGGGGGCGACAACCCCAGGAUGUACAUAAUCAGUCCUGAACAACAGACAGCGUUGCGUCCCUUUCCUUUACUCAUCUGUCAAUAGGCAACAUGAUAGUCAUCCUGUGUGUAGUUGAGGAGUAGCAAAACCUUUCUGUUCAGCGAGACAGAGCUCGGUGACUAACGGUCUGUUGGACCUGGUCAGCCCAGUGGUUCUGUGUAAGCAGUGGAGGGUACAGAGCCAGAGUUGUCACAGAGGACAGGCCCCAAUCCCUCCAGCCUACGUGGGAGCAGAGGUAGGUGGCAACCAGUCUCGUAAGAAUCCCUUCGUACUUGUGUAUUUUCCGCGUAUGAGUAGUUCACUAUUGGAACAAGGGACGAAUAAAGUAGCCUACAAAAUAGA